AUGAAUGAAAUGUUUACUGCAGGGCAUCAUUUGACAUAUCAGUUCCUGGUGUUUCUCAUUGACGUCUCAUUGACGGUGAAGACCCAGAGGAGGUUGUGGAGGAGCAGAGAGGGAGAAGAUGUCGAGCCCCAGCUGCAGGAGGAGAGCGGACCAUAUGAAGAGGUGUACAAAGACUCCAGCACUUUCCUAAAGGUCUUUGUGCAGUGUAUGUCAUUGUAUCUUCAGGCUGAUCUAGACACAUUUGAUCUGAGAGAUUUGAAGUGUAAGUUUGAUGUGAUUCUGAUAGAGCCUCCUUUGGAGGAGUAAUACAGAGAUAUCCUUGCCAACAAGCGCUUCUGGACCUGGGACGAUAUCAUGAAGUUGAACAUAGAGGAAAUCUCAUCUAUUCGCUCUUUUGUAUUCCUGUGGUGUGGUUCAGGAGAACGCCUUGACCUCGGGAGAAUGUGUCUGAGGAAAUGGGGCUUCAGGUGGUGAGAAGACAUUUGUUGGAUCAAGACCAAUAAAAACAAUCCUGACAAGACCAAAACCCUAGACCCUAAGGUAGUGUUCCAGAGAACUGGGUAGUAAAGUAUAAUUCUAUCAUGUUAUAUAAUUUUACACUAUUGUUGUAAAAUAUUAUUAGCACAAAAAAGUUUGUGCUCAGUAAGAUUUAUUUUUGAAUGGCAUGUAUGGAUACUCUGAUUUAAUGUUAUGCAUCUUUUAGGUUGGCUGACUGUGGGCCCUAUGCUGACCAAUAGUAACUAUAAUGUUGAAGCUUAUGCUGCCCACUUCAGUGAACCCAACUCUUACUUGUCUGGUUGUACUGAAGAAAUCGAGAGACUCCGUCCCAAAUCCCCACCUCCUAAAUCGAAGGCAGAGAGAGGUGGGGGUGCACAGCGUGGAGGACGAGGUGGUCCUGCUGUGGGAAGAUGCGAUCGGGGUCAGGAGAGAAAUCGUCCAAACUUCUGUGGAGAGCAAGAUGGAUUUAGAGGCCACGGAGGCCCACAUCGCGGAUUCCCUCCCCAAUGA